GAUUUACGUGUUAUGGAACUUUAGGGAUGGGGCAGUCAAUGGUCAAACAUCACAAGCCUCCCUUGUCCUCCGCCAACGGCGCACGAUAGAACAAAAAGCGCCAGAUCUCACCACACACGUCUCCAUCGCACAUAACCCCACCACUGACCCAAACACACCAAAGCAGAUCCCUCCAUACACUCAACAUUGUUAAACGCUUGCUCCAUUUUCCUCUGUGAUGUCUACUCACCCAAAUCCCCAAAAACCAGUCAUGGCUAACCGCACCACCCACCGGCGCAUUCUAGCAACACCAGAGCCAGAACCAGAACCAGAACCACCAAGGCAGCAGACCAAACCCUCCACUCCUUUAGAUCCCACCAUGCCCUCUAAACCCUCUUCUAGGCUAAACCCAAAUCACAGAAUCCGUACAGCUCAAAGACCCAGUAGUCAAAACCCACUCCCAAGUUUUGUACACACCAACAAUGUUGAGAAACAGAGUAAAGAGAAGCUGCCCAAUAGAGAAGUGGAUAAGAAGAAAGUUGAGGAGGUGGUGGUGAAGAUGGAAUUGAUGGGUGUCAAAGAAGAAGAGCACGAAGAAAAAGAGUAUGAACGUAGGAGACUUUCUACUUCUUCUUCUUCUUCAAAUUCUUUGGGUGGAAGAAGGAAGUCCUUUUGUGGGUCAGGACAGGUUCAAUUGAAUAGGUUGGCUGAUGUGUUUGCAAGCAAUGGUGUGAAAGUGGUUUCAGUUGAUAUGCCUCCAUUUAUGCAGAUCCAUGCUGUGGAAUGCGCAAGAAAGACUUGUGAUAGCUUAGAAAAAUUCACCUCCAAGACUCUAGCUUUGACUCUCAAAAAGGAAUUUGAUGGGGUAUAUGGACCAGCAUGGCACUGCAUUGUAGGAACAAGUUUUGGGUCUUUUGUGACACACUCAGUAAGUGGCUUUAUGUAUUUCUCAAUGGAUCAAAAGUUGUACAUCCUCUUGUUUAAGACCACAGUACAAAGAGCAGACUGAAAGUUUUCAAUCAUUUUUAGCAUAGGAAGAAGAAGAAGAAGUUCUGGAAAAGCUUUAAAAAUAAGUUGUAAUUCUUUCUGGCUUGUACAGUGUUUAAUGCAGCAGGGAAAAAGCUUAAAACUUAAAAGACAUUUACUUGGUUUGUUGAAGUUGUGGGGCUUGGUAAAUGUCUGAUUCUGAAAUCCCUUCUGCUAGUUCUGUAAGCCCAUAUGCAUCUGUCACUUCUCAUUACUUAUAAUAUAAUCCUCACAAGUCUUUUUUCUGCUUUUCUAUGA